GCUCCGGCUCCCACUCUGGCUCCGGUCUGCAGCAGCCGGCGCCGUCCCGCGGCAUGUCUAUCCUUUCGCCCGUCAAAAAGAGUUUGGGCGGCAAUCCGCACCGCUCGUCCAGCCACAGCAGCCUGAGCGACAUCUGUCGGGACAAGGCGUUCUCGGUGCGCGGGAGCGGCACCACCACCGUGCCCAAGUGGCUACAUAAGCUGCGCCUGCACAAGUACACAUGGAUCUUCGCCGGCAUGAACUACGAGGACCUGUUUGAUGUGUCGAUGGAGAAGCUGCUCUCGCUGGGCGUGACACAGGGCGGCGCCAACAAGCUGCUGCGGAACAUCCAGGAGCUGCAUGAUCGGCCGCAGAAGCUGCGCGACCUGGAGCAGGGCCUGGCCGAGAACAAGAUCUUCCUCAGCAGCGCGCUGGAGGUGAUGCAGGUGAUCGUCGUGUCUCCGAUGCGCGCGCACAAGCCGCGCCUCUCGCCGGCGCCGGCGCCGCCCACCACCUCGGCCGGCACGCCCGUCAUCCGCGUCACGCGCUCCGACGAGCCGGACCAGGAGGCGGCGGCGGCCGGCGGCGCCGACGGCGAGGCGGCCGGUGCCGAGGCCGACCUGCAGGCCAUGAUCACGCGCGUGCUGGCCAAGAUGUGCACGCAGCUGCUGGUGACGCAGUCGGCCGACGACGAGGCCAUCCAAACGUUCCUCUGGGUGCUCGACGAGGCCACGUGGCACGAGGCGUUCACGGACGCGCAGCGGCGCAAGUUCGUCACGUGGAAGCGGCAGAUCAGCCUGGAGCUGGGGCGGAGACAGGUGUUCCCGCCGCCGUUCCGGCGCCACUCGGACGCGCGCCAGUACCACUCGCAGCGGCGGCACAGCGACGCCCGCGGCUACCGGCGCUUCCCGGCGCCGGCGGUGCCGCACCUAUCCGGCGGCCUGUACCGCACCAACUCGGGCGACAUCUACCGGCCGACGGCGGGCAGAUAG